UGGCCCCACACUGGGAUGACCCCACACUGGGGUGGCCCAGCGUUUGAUGGCAGCCAGUGGGUGAGGCGCCGCUCCUGUGGUGCUUGUGAUGGGCCGGCGCUGCCCAGCAGCCGUCCUCUCCACUCGGACCGCCUCUCUGCCUCCUGGGCUCUGCAGGCAGUUCCGGCCAAGGGGGAGACCAGGCAGGACUGCUGCGUGAAGACCGAGCUGCUGGGAGAGGAAGAGCUCUCUAUGGCUGCCGAUGAAGGCUCCCCCGAGAAGCCGGGAGGAGAUGCCUACGUGGCUGCAGACGGGGCCACCAACGGGUCCUGUGAAAGGAGUGAUAGCGGCAGGCAUGUCACCCCAGCUGAGCACACUCAGGACAAUGCAAAAGCCAGCCCCCAGGAAGGUCCCAAUAAACUGACCCGGAUAGCGGAGAACGGGGUUUCAGAAAGAGACGCGGACGUGGGGAAGCAGAACCACGACCCGGCUGACGACCUCACGCAGACGGCUGUCAUCGGGAGCAACGGGUACUUCCUGAGCAAACCAGCCCUGCAGGAGCCGGCCCUGCGGGUCCCCAGCACCUUGGCACCCUCCCUUCCCGGCCAUGCUGCGAAGACUCUCCCAGGAGCGGCUGGCAAAGGGCGGACUCCCAGCGUGCUCUCUCAGACGCCAGCCGCCGCGCCAGCCAGGCCCGGGGAAGGGAGCAAAGACUCAGAGGACAAGAAGCCCGCGGCCCUGGGCGCAGAUGUCAAGGUUCAUAGGGCUCGGAAGACCAUGCCGAAGUCCGUCCUGGGCCUGCCCGCAGCCAGCAAGGACCCUCGAGAAGCUCGAGGUCAUGAGGAGCCCGCAGAGGAGCUCAGCAAGGACGUUUCUGAUUUUGGACGACAGCAGCUUUUGCCCCCGUUCCCACCCCUUCAUCAGUCGCUACCUCAGAACCAGUGCUACGUGGCCACCACGAAGUCACAGACAGCAGCUGCAGUGUCUCGAAAGAAAAAACGAAGAAUGGGAACCUAUAGUCUGGUUCCCAGGAAAAAGACCAAAGUCUUAAAACAGAGGACGGUGAUUGAGAUGUUUAAGAGCAUAACUCACUUCACUGCCGGCUCCAAGAGCGAGAAGGACCUGGGCGACAGCACCCUCCACGUGAACGGGGAGAGCGUGGAGAUGGACUCGGAGGAGGAGGACUCCGAGGAGCUGGACGAGGAGGAGGACCAGGGCGCUGAGCAGGCUGCCGCCUUUCCCACGGAGGACAGCGGGACUUCCAAAGAGAGUGCGUCGGGGAGUGACCGCACCCAGAAGAUGGAUGGCGAGUCUGAGGAGUCGGAGUCGGCCGGCACCGGGGAGGAGGAGGAGGACGGAGACGAGUCCGACCUGAGCUCUGAGUCCAGCAUCAAGAAGAAGUUCCUCAGGAGGAAAGGGAAGCCCGACAGUCCCUGGAUCAAGCCGGCCAGGAAGAGGAGGCGGAGAAGCAAGAGGAAGCCGAGCAGCGCGCUGGGUCCUGAAGCGUACACGUCGUCUUCGGGGAGCGCAGAGCCGGCGGCCCCGGGGGACAGUGCGGGGUACAUGGAAGUGUCUCUGGACUCCCUGGAUCUCCGUGUCAAGGGAACGCUGCCCUCGCCAGCAGGGCUGGCUAACGGUCCCGACGCGGGGGAGACGGAUGGCCUCCAGGAAGUGCCCCUCUGCAGCUGCCGGAUGGAGACCCCGAAAAGCCGAGAGAUCACCACUCUGGCCAACAACCAGUGCAUGGCCCUGGAGAGCGUGGACCACGAGCUGGGCAGGUGCACCAACAGCGUGGUCAAGCACGAGCUGAUGCGCCCGUCCAGCAAGGCGCCGCUCCUGGUGCUGUGUGAAGACCACCGGGGCCGGAUGGUGAAGCACCAGUGCUGCCCCGGCUGCGGCUACUUCUGCACCCAGGGCAGCUUCAUGGAGUGCCAGCCCGAGAGCAGCAUCUCGCACCGCUUCCACAAGGACUGCGCCUCCCGUGUCAGCAACGCCAGCUACUGCCCCCACUGCGGGGAGGACACCUCCAAGGCCCGGGAGGUGACCAUCGCCAAGGCCGACACGACCUCCACCGUGACCCUGGCCCCGGGGCAGGAGAAGAGCUCCGCCGGGGAGGGCCGGGCCGACACCACCACAGGCAGCGCUGCGGGCCCUCCGCUCUCAGAGGAUGACAAGCCGCAGAGCGCGGCUGCCCAGGCGCCCGAGAGCUGUUUGCACACUGGGCCCUCAUGGCCCUGCCGCUUCCCGUUCUCGCCACUACCGCUCUUCCCGGGCAUCUGCCCGCGGGGCUGCGGGGCUCCCAGGAGGUCACUGGCGGUGGUCGUCCAGCAGGACAGGGCACACCUCCCACCUGUUGCAGGAAGACCCAAGAAGCUUCGCUUCCACCCCAAGCAGCUGUACUUCUCCGCCAGGCAAGGGGAGCUGCAGAAGGUGCUGCUCAUGCUGGUUGACGGAAUUGACCCCAACUUCAAGAUGGAGCACCAGGGCAAGCGGUCCCCCCUGCACGCGGCGGCGGAGGCCGGCCACGUGGACAUCUGCCACAUGCUGAUCCAGGCGGGAGCCAACAUCGACACCUGCUCGGAGGACCAGAGGACCCCGCUGAUGGAGGCGGCCGAGAACAACCACCUGGACGCAGUGAAAUACCUCAUCAAGGCCGGGGCCCUCGUGGACCCCAAGGAUGCAGAGGGCUCCACCUGCUUGCACCUGGCUGCCAAGAAAGGCCACUACGAGGUGGUUCAGUACCUGCUUUCAAAUGGGCAGAUGGAUGUCAACUGCCAGGAUGAUGGUGGCUGGACGCCCAUGAUCUGGGCCACUGAGUACAAGCACGUGGACUUGGUGAAGCUGCUGCUGUCCAAGGGCUCGGACAUCAACAUCCGGGACAACCCCCUGCAGAGCGGAGACGCCAGGAAACCCGACGCCCUCCCAGCGCCUCCCGCUCGCGCUCUGCGGGAGGGGAGCGUGGGAGAGGCGUGGGCUGCUCUGGGGAGUCCCAGUCCUCCCAGCACCGGUCCGCCAGCUCGUAAAUGUCACGGCCAGCGGCGUGUUCUCAGUGUUUGUGCCGAUUUAGUCGUUUCAUACGUCUCGUCUCCCCGUCUCUUAAACGCAGAUCUGAAUGUCUGGUUGGCCCCUGUUUUUCCUUUUAGCCUCUUUCUCUCCCGGGAUUCCGACGUCAACCUGAAGAACAAGGAGGGGGAGACGCCCCUACAGUGCGCCAGCCUCCACUCGCAGGUGUGGGACGCCCUGCAGAUGAGCAAGGCACUGCGGGACUCGGCCCCGGACAGGCCCGUCCCCGUGGAGAAGACGGUGAGCAGAGACAUCGCUCGCGGCUACGAGCGCAUCCCCAUCCCCUGCGUCAACGCCGUGGACGGCGAGCCCAGCCCCAGCAACUACAAGUACGUCUCCCAGAGCUGUGUGACGUCCCCCAUGAACAUCGACAGGAACAUCACCCACCUGCAGUACUGCGUCUGCAUCGACGACUGCUCCUCCAGCAACUGCAUGUGCGGCCAGCUCAGCAUGCGCUGCUGGUACGACAAGGUGAGCACCGGGCGGGCAGCGGCCCUGCUGUCAGCCUCCCUCCCUCCCUCCCUCCAGACCCUGUUUUGCAGGGCGAGGCUGCAGCUCUACCGCACCCAGAACAUGGGCUGGGGCGUGCGGACCCUGCAGGACAUCCCCGUGGGCACCUUCGUCUGCGAGUACGUGGGCGAGCUCAUCUCUGACUCGGAGGCCGAUGUGCGGGAGGAAGAUUCUUACCUCUUCGACCUUGACAACAAGGACGGAGAGCUGUACUGCAUCGACGCGCGCUUCUAUGGGAACGUGAGCCGCUUCAUCAACCACCAUUGCGAGCCCAACCUGGUGCCCGUGCGGGUGUUCAUGUCGCACCAGGACCUGCGGUUCCCCAGGAUCGCCUUCUUCAGCACCCGGCUCAUCGAGGCCGGCGAGCAGCUGGGGUUUGACUACGGGCAGCGCUUCUGGGACAUCGUCCCUCCCACCCGUGGGCUGGUGAGCAGCGUCCUGCUGGUCCAGACUCCUCUGCGGGGCACCCGCCGCCGCCACCUCCUCACCCAGCUGCUCCGUUAG